UGCCCCGGCGGCUCAGGCUACCUGUUGGUCCUCACUGCGGGAGAGAAGGACGCCGGACAUGGUGGUGGACCUGAGCGGGGGAAGCAGACUUCACAUGAGGAGGAAGAGAAGCUCCAGCAUGUUUCCACGCAUAUUACUCUGCUCUGUUUUGUUGGCGUACCACGGGACGCAGACCUGCAAUGGAUUUAACAUAGAUGAGCAGUUUCCUGUGAUUAAAGAGGGGAAAACCAGCGGGAGCUUCUUUGGAUUCUCAGUGGCUCUGCACAGACAGACCAAGGUCUCCAACAGAUAUCUGCUUCUUGCUGGAGCUCCCAAAGAAAAAGCCAAUUCUCUUCCAAAUGUUAAUGAAACAGGCGCGGUGUACUACUGCCCCAUCACCACAGACACCACAGACUGCACCAGGAUGGAUCUGGUCACAUCAACUGAUACAUCAGAGAUCGUGGAUGGCAUGUGGCUGGGUGUGACAGUUAUCAGUCAGAGGAGCCUUGAAGAAGGGCGCGUGCUGGCAUGUGGUCAUCGUUAUGUGAAGGUCUUGCCUGGGGAGCAGAGGCAGAUGAUUGGAAAGUGCUACGUAAGGGACAACGAUUUAACAUUUGAUGACUCAGAUGAAUGGCAGAGUGAUUAUUAUGAGCGCUGUGACCCUGGUAAAAAGUUGGAAGAUGAGAUAAUGUGCAACCUGGGCAUCUCUGGUGGCUUAACAGAGAACGAUGUCUUCCUCGGAGCUCCGGGCAGUUUUUUAUGGCAAGGAAAUGUCCAUGUAACCUUGAGGGAUCCAGAUAAUCCCUUUAUUUCUGAAAACUUCAACAUUGGGACACUGGAGAAAAAACACAGUUAUAUGGGUUAUUCAGUUAUAUCAGAGAAGAAGUUGCUGAACCAUGAAUCCUACACACAUGUGACAGGGGCCCCCAGGGAUGAGUCCAAGGGCUCCGUGAUGUUGGCAGAGCUAGAAAAUAGAAAGUUUCACGUAAAACACACCAUCAUGGGAGAACAAGUGGGCUCUUACUUUGGGAACAGCCUGGCUGCCACUGACCUAAACAACGAUGAUUGGAAUGACCUGAUCAUAGGCGCCCCCUUUUACUUUGAUCGCAAAGAAGAGAAGGGAGGAGCGGUGUACAUUUUCAUGAACGAGAAUGGAUCUUUCCAGAGCACUUGCACCGUGAUGCUGAGAGGUCUGCCUUUCUCCGGGUUCGGCAUUGCAGUCGCCGCCAUCGGUGAUGUCAACCAGGACGGAUUCCAAGACUUUGCAGUAGGGGCGCCUUUUCAUGAAACAGGACAGGUCUACAUAUGGAUGGGAAGUAAAACGGGAAUUUCACAGGAGCCCAGUCAGGUAAUUAAGGGUAAGUCGCAAGAGGGCUUCCGGACUUUUGGUUACUCCAUCAACGGAGGCAUGGAUGUGGAUGGCAACAGUUACCCUGACAUCUUAGUGGGCUCACUGGAUGACCGCAUAGCGCUUCUGAGAGCUCGACCUGUGAUUCAUCUGACCAAAAACUUCACUGCUGAGCCCAAGAUUGUGGAUCCUAACCAGUGUCGUGGGAAUAAUCCUUGCAUCACCGUUAAUCUGUGCCUGGCAUUCACUUUGAGCAACGGAAACAAAGACUUUAAGAAAAAUAUCAUUGUGGAUUUCACAGUAAACGCGGACGCAGGAAGAAGAAUAUCUCGAGUUCGUUUCCAGAAUAAUGACCAGACAUAUUCUGGAUCUCUGACUCUGAAGUCGUCUAAUUCCGUCUGUGAGAGCCUGAAACUGAGCGUUGUGGAACCUGUGCGGGACAAACUGGAACCAGUGGUCUUCUCCCUCAACAUGUCGCUGCAGAAACAACAGCCUAGAGCCAGGCGUUCCAUGCAGAACCUGGAUUUCUUCCCCAUUCUAAGCCAAGAGCAGAAACUCACCCAAAGAACGGAGAUAAACUUCCAGAAGGAAUGUGGCUUAGACAACAAAUGCACCAGUAACCUGAAGCUGUCUGCCGCGUUUGCUGAUAAAGAUGACAUUGCUUUCCCCAGGAAGGGCGACGGAAACACUCAAGUGCUCCAGUUUAACAACACAAACCAAAUAAUCAAGCUGUUGGUUAAUGUGACCAAUUAUCCUGCUCCUGGAAAAGCUGCAGAGGACGCCCACCAGGCAGAGCUCAUCAUCACCAUCCCUAAUAAUACACUGACAUACUCUGGAGUCAGAUCUGAUAACUUGGAUGUAGAAUGCACCUUUGAAGAAAAAGUCAUUUGUGAGCUGGGGAAUCCACUACAAGGCAAAGAAAAGGUGGAGCUGAAGCUGUCGUUUCAGACUUCCGGCAUCAGUCUGUACACAAAAGACAUAGUGACUGAAAUGAGGCUAUCAACUAUUAGUGAGCAGGAUGACCUGACGCCGUCGACCCUGGCCAUACUGAUCGAAAGCAACAUCAAUCCUUUCUUCACCAUUAUGGAACCAAAGCGAACUAGAUUUGGUGGGGAAGUGAUGGGAGAGUAUGCUAUGGUCAACACCAGUAACGUGGGUAGUCUGGUGGAGUUCACCUUGCAUGUGGACAUGAAUGACAAUCUUCCGGCAGACAUGGGGAGUCUUGCUGUUGAGUUUAAUUGGCCCUAUGAGGUGGCCAAUGGCAAGUGGCUGCUGUACCUGACAAAGAUUGUUGUUAAAGGAGAUUCAGAAAUGGAAUGCAACCCAGGAGGAGAAGUUAUCAACCCGCUUAAUCUAACUUUGUCAGAAAGCAGAUCUAAGCAGGCCAGAUCCAAACGGCAGACUGCAGACGAUGACACGAGUGAAGCAAUUGAGCUGCAACCUGUUGAGUCCCAGGCAGCAAUCAAGUUUCUCACACCUCGAAAAUCCUACAAGUUGGACUGCUCGCAGGAGACGGCCAAAUGCGUGAAGUUUACCUGCCCUCUACUCAACGUCUCCAAAUCAGCUCAAAUUUAUGUCCGCUCCCGCUUGUGGAACAGCACCAUGUUGGAGGACUAUUCCAAUGCUGUGGAAGUUACUGUCCAUGGUAGCGCCACACUGAAGCUCAUUACAGAUAAACCAACCAUCAAGAUGGAACCCAAAUCUCUGCCGUUUAAAGUGAUUAUAGAACCAGAGGAGAGCGUGGAGGUACCCUAUGAACUUCCUCUGUGGAUCAUCAUUUCUGCAGCUGUAGCAGGAAUCGUGCUUCUUGGCAUCAUCAUUCUAAUUCUGUGGAAGUGUGGCUUCUUCCAGAGGGCUAGCAGGAGGGAGAUGUAUGAGGCCAAGGCCCAGAAGGCUGAGAUGAAGAUCCAGCCCUCUGAGACAGAAAAGAUGAUUGAGGACUACUAAGGCCCCCAUGUGUUUUCCCCACAGCACACACCAAUGGGGCCUCUGGCUUGGGUUCUUCAAGCGAGCCAUCUACUACCGGGUAAUGCCAAAGCACCGUGGGGUGAGAAUUCGCAGAGCUGAACGUUAUCAGUUCAAUCUGGGAUUUCAGCCUGAAGAGCCACAGAAAAAGUACUGGAUCACCAGCUGGACUGAGAUGCAGCAUUGCUACUACUGAUCAUUUUGAACCACUCACUGCCACAGAGGCUAAAAACCAAGAGAACACUGGGCUUGAUAGAGCUAUAAGGACUUCUAUGGUGCACGGACCUACUGUGGACAAUGCAUUUCUUUUUUUUACUAAAAUUGAUGUCCUUGACUUUUUUGUGCAAUAUGCUGAACAUUUGGAGAGAUUGUAAUUUGAUAAGCAUUUUUUUUUCUUUAUUUUUUGGUAUGCUGUUUUUUUAUUGGAAUCAAUGUUGCAUCUAGAGGGAAAAAAUCUGUUGAAUCUGCGAGUAACUUUUCAUCCUUUUAAAACAUUUUAUUUUCUGAGCUGUGAUUUUAGCUUUUAAAUGAUCUGAAGUCAUGUCCCGGUGUAUGUUAUUUUAUUUUGAGCAGCAGCCACUCCGUUAUGAAUCUAAGCUGCCUUCUAAUGAACGUCCGUGCAGGACAAGCAUCGCAAAGACUAAUAUUCCUUACAUGCAAGGUUGAUACAGGUUUUGCUGAUGUCACUCAGACUCUGUAAUAGUUUCUCAUAAUUUCCACAUCAGGAGCCAUCCUGUCUGCAGAUUACACCUAGUUGUUAUUUAUUACCGUGUGGAGCUAACAAUAUGAAAUGAUGCCGUGUGGCUAUUUUAAGCUUCUCAUACAGGGAGUCUGAACACUGGAAAUGUUAGCAGAUUACAAAGGUAUGGAUGAAAUUGUAAAUAUUGACAAGGUAAAUAGCGUGUUUGAAUGAAUGCGUGUAUUUCUGGACUUUGUUCUUGCUUUUCCUCAUAAAGCAAAUGACAGACACUGAAACCAGCGGAUUCCACUGAAGACUAACAGGAUCGUAAAAAGUACAGUUAGUCUACCAAUAUAUAAGGAUGUUCAGUUGAUGUAUAAAGUUCAAACUCCACUGUCUCCAAAAAAAAAGAUAAAUUAGAUGACACAUUUUAUAAAGUUUUCCACCUAUAAAGUCACCCAUAUCCUGUACAGCUCAACGGUGUAGCAAAUAUGUUUUUAAAAUUGGUAUUUGGUUAAAUCACCUUUCAAUUUCACAUCAGAAUUGUGUCUUCUGUUUUUCUGUUAUUGUUGCGACAUGGUUUGUAAUUGG